AUGACAUCAAUAUCCUCCCGUCGCCAUUUCAGUUCUCAUGGUGAUAAUGCCGCUCUUGUUGCUGCUAAUGAUGAUGACGAUGAGGGAAGAAUAGAGAAGAGGCCCCCGUAUACAAUGCUAAAGCCAUCGCUGUAUGGUCGCCCUGCUAAGGGCCGCCCUGAUGUUUCGCCAAUACAACGGCGUCCACAAUCCCAUGACUCACUCAAGGCACAAUGUCGACCCAGAAGUUACAGCGGUGUAAAAACCACCAGAGAAGUCAGACGUCGCCAUCUCACCUCCAAAAAUGUCUAUCGCAACGAUCCUCCGGGUUGCUUACACUCGAGUAAAGAGACAUCGGUAUUGGGCAAAGAUUCGACUACGAUCGAGAAUCAGAGGAAAAGGCUGCUCGAGACCCCAGACUGGGCCGGUCUUCGUCUUUCCUAUCCAGCGAACGUGCAUUUCGAUACUGGAGAGGCAAAGGCCGACAUAGGCAAACGCAAGAAGAUAGAGAAUCUGUCGACUCGCAUGCGUCCGCAGAUUCAUCACACCGAUCACCAUAGCUCCCCAAAGUUUGCUCAUCGAGCUGAGAGGAUUGAUGCCAAAGAUAUCAGAAUCCGCAUUGGGACGGAUGCAUUGGCCAGUCAAACGCCAAUGCAGCUCACGGAUCAUGCGCCCUCCCACGCUGGAACCUUCGCUCCAGGCAAUUCGCCAGAACCCAUGUUGUUUGAUGAGGAGGGCCAUUAUGCACCUACACUAGAGUCGAGACUAUCGCCACGAUCGGUGAAUGUCAAUCGCGAUGGUUCCACGGAGGUCCCUAAUAAGGAUUUGACUUUUGGCUUACAGGGCCCUGUUCCAGCACCAGGCGAAUUGACACCUGCCUUUAUGUCCAAUAUGAAGUUGCGCAGGGGACCUUACGCCACCAGACGCGUACAACUGAACAGCGAUUCUGAAGCACAGCGCUCUCCAAGUAACGCACGCCCCUCCCAAGAUGCAAGCAGCCCCCAUGGCUCGUACACAAAGCCUUUUGAGCAUAACAUGCGUCUGAUGCACGUUUCUCUUGAUCAGCAGUCCGAUGUCCCAGAUAGAACAACACUGCAGGAAGAGCACACUAUCGAACAGCAGCUCCCCUCUAAUAGCUGUGCACAGCAGUCUAAGUUGACUUCUGCACCUUCUGUGGGGAACUGGAAGGCAAUUAACGUAUCCAAUUGUGAGACCUCGACCCACAGGGAUGAUUUGCGGGCUACAGGCUCUUACGACAACCGCUGCUCACGAAACAAUGCUGCUCUUUGGACGCAAAAUCUCGAUAUUGGCAAUGAUGACGGGAGUAUCUCAUCUCAUCCUCGCAAUUCAAUAAUUGGUAAUUGUGAGCGCCAUCAUGGGUCGUCUCCAGGUCUUGAUGGCAGCAUGAGUGUCCCCAUGAAAAUUGGCCUCCGGCACAUUGGCCCAGUCACACCAAUACAAGCAAUUACGUCUUCCUAUGGAGGUGCUUCGUCGCCCUCUACCAAGAGUCUUAAGGAAGCCGUUGUGGAGGGGUUUCUGCUUCAACCUGAGAGGAUUUCGAAGAAAUCGCACGACAUCGAUGCGAGCGUACAAUUGUGGAGGAAAUUUGUCUUCUCUGAUGACAACAACCUUUCGGCCGAUAUCAUGCGCGACUGA